AUGGAUUAAGUCGUAAGAAAGCAUCAGAAUCCAACCCCUACCCUCCACAACCCUCCGAAUAUAUUCUUUCCCUCCCCUUCACCAAUCAAGAUUCAUACUCUGAUCACCCAUAAAUAUAAAUACCACUACAGAUAAUCUUCCAAAACAUCAUACCUCCAGUUCCUGCUCGGCUUUCCAUGUCGUCUCCUCCAACCAAAGAACAAAGCCACCAGCAGCUCAACCGUGAGCUACGCGAUGCGAUCUCCAUCCUCACCGGACUUGGAAAGACCAGAAACGGGGAUUCCGAUGACGCCUUGGGGAUCAUCACAGUUGCUGGAACAAACAAAGGAGCAGUGAUGAAGAUGGAAGGUCCUGAAGCCGCCAUUGAUCAGAUCUCCGCCGCCGUGAAUCGCAAUGGCCGGGAAGGCACGGAGGCUAUUGCGAAUAGUAACUAUCAGAGCAUGAACAACUCCAUUGUGAUCGGUGGCAGCUGUGGUGCAGAGGAUCCCGGCGUUCAUCUCCUCGUGCAGGAUUAUGUAGAAGGAGAUGAGGGAGAUGAUGAACAUCACGAGGCGAAGAGCGAGGAGAAGAAGAAGAAAAAGAAGAAGAAAGAGACAUCAGAAGAAGAGAAGCAGCAUGCAGAGGCUAAAAAUGAAGAGUAGCGGAGUGGGGAGAUGAAAGAGUAAUGCAUUGCUUGUUCUGUCAAAAGGAAAUUUGAAUGUUUCAUGCGAAUUAAAAUUGUAAUUUUAGUCAUGUGGUAUAUGAAUUUAUAAUUAUCUAUGGAGUUUAGGAGCACAAGAACAGAUCUUUGUUUAGUAUGGGAGCAUUUGGGAUUUCAUAUCGUUAUAAUGUUAUGGGGGUAUAAGCAACUAAAGUCAAGUGAAUUUGCAAAUAAA